UUGCACUGGCAUUCAUUCAGUCGAUGCUCGGCUGAGUCGACUUCGUUCGCAACUCGGUAAUUGUGUUAGUUGCCACCGGACCACGUGGUCGCAGUCUCACGUAAUUGUGAUACUAAAUCGUAGUAUCUAAACCGUGACGUAUUUUUUGAACCCAUCUAAGUACAUUUUGUGUUCAACUCCUCUAUCUAUCUGCAUAACCGUGCUUAAAAAUGGCAUAUUCAGAUAACCCAAUAUGUCAUAAGAAAAUCGAUCCACACUUUGGAACCAAAGCCAUCCACGUGGGUCAAAAUCCCGAUCAAUGGUCAUUCAAAGAUGUCGUUCCUCCUAUUUCAUUAACUACUACUUACAAACAAUUUGGUCCUAACGAUCAUGCAGGAUUCGAUUACAGUAGAUGCAGCAAUCCAUCUCGAAUGGUUUUACAACAAUGUAUUGCUUCCCUUGACUGCGGCAAUCACAGUUUAACUUUUGCUUCUGGUCUGGCCGCUACUACAGCUGUAGUUCAGUUGUUGAAAUCUGGCGAUCACAUUUUGUGCGGUGACGAUAUGUAUGGUGGUACCAAUCGUUAUUUUUCCAAAAUUGUCAAGAAAUUCGGAGUGACAUUCACAACAACCGACAUGACAAAUGAAAAAAACAUCGCGAAAUUAAUUUUGCCAGAAACUAAGUUAGUAUGGAUGGAGAGUCCUACAAAUCCGUGUAUGAGAGUUGCAGAUUUGGAAGCUAUUGCAACGAUAGUUCAUAAUAUACGAAAAGAUAUUAUCGUAUUGGUCGAUAAUACUUUCCAGACUCCUUAUUUUCAAAGACCUCUUGAAUUAGGUGCAAAUAUUGUGCUUUACUCGCUGAGUAAAUACAUGAAUGGUCACUCCGAUGUAAUAAUGGGUGCUCUUGUCUUAAACGAUAAAGAAUUAUACGACCGUCUUGCCUUCAUUCAGAACUCUUGCGGUAUUAUGUCGUCGCCGUUCGACUGUUAUUUGGUCAACCGUGGCCUGAAGACAUUGCACGUGCGCAUGAAGGAGCACAUGACAAACGGGCUAGCCGUGGCACGGUUCCUUGAACAGCAUCCGCUAGUCGAGAAGGUUUUACACCCCGGUUUGCCAUCUCAUCCACAGCAUGCGGUGGCAUUGCGCCAGGCCAGCGGCUUCAGUGGCAUGUUGUCUUUUUACAUCAAAGGUGGUUUGCCUGAGGCUACUGCAUUUUUACAGGCCGUGAAAGUAUUCUGCUUGGCCGAGAGUCUCGGUGGAUUUGAAAGUCUGGCUGAUCAUCCAGCAACUAUGACUCACGCCUCGGUGCCAGAAGAUGAACGAAUAGCCUUGAACAUCUCGGACAACUUAAUUCGUUUGUCUGUAGGAUUGGAAUCCAUAGAGGAUCUUAUUGCCGACGUCGACCAAGCUCUAAAAGCUUCAGCCAAGAAAUAA